AAGAACCACACUUUAGACUUGUUUAUUUUAACGCGAACGCGCCGCCGCGUUAUUCAUUUUCCCACAUCUAACGUCGCUUAUUUAAGAAUACAUUUCGAUCGCGGCGGCCGCUCCGCGUAACCGUUAGACCGAGAAAGUUUUGAAACAGUUUUUUUUUCCUCCUUUUUUUUCUUUUUUCUUCUUCUUCUUCUCUCUACCAUCAAAACAUGCAACAGUUAGCAGGCGCGUAAGCUAACUAGCUUGAACGGACAUGUAUUAUAAAACGUUUUUUUUUUUUUUUUUUUAAAUGUGUGUUUAUAAAAGAAACUUAAAACGCCGAGCAAACGUUACUCGACGAACGUGUAUAGUACUCGUUCGUUAACGGAACCGUCUGGCAACACGCGGCCGUUACAUUAUAGAACGUUGGCUAACUACCAUGGUAACUCGGUUUGCAACGGGCGCUCGAGCGCUACAGCUAAAGCAACGUGUCUCAUUUCCGCAUUCAUUUGUCUGCGGAGUGCCAGGGCCAUGUUUGAAGAUGUCUGGCCUGAACGGUGUGCGUUGAUUUGAAUAGAAUACUUUAUUUAUAUAUACUAUUUAUAUAUAUAUAUAUUUAUUUAUAUACAUACACCUGGUUGUCCACGCAGGCCGCCUAGACGCUGAAUUGUACCCUUUGGGAACCGGCUACGUCCCUGAAAUUGACAGUGUCCAUGACAUAGCCGUUGGCACAAAGAGGGGAUCCGACGAACUAUUUUCUACCUGCAUAGCCAACGGGCCCUAUAUCAUGAACUCAGCCAAUGGCAACGACAGCAAAAAAUUCAAAGGUGACGUCCGCAGUCCCGGUGUUCCGUCACGUGUGGUCCAUGUACGCAAGCUGCCCAACGACAUAAAUGAGGCUGAAGUUAUUGGCCUGGGGCUGCCCUUUGGGAAGGUCACUAAUUUGCUGAUGCUGAAAGGGAAAAACCAGGCAUUCUUAGAAAUGACCAGCGAGGAGUGUGCACAGACGAUGGUGAGCUACUACUCCUCUGUAACCCCCGUCAUCAGGAACCACCCCAUUUACAUGCAAUACUCAACUCACAAGGAGCUCAAGACCGACAACUCCCCCAACCAAGUGCGUGCCCAGGCAGCUCUGCAGGCAGUGAAUGCUCUGCAUGGCGGCGGGAUGGGGGGCAUGGCCAUUCCAGCAGAUGUGGCGAGCAUGGGGGGAGCAGGGUCCCAAAGCCCUGUGCUCAGGGUCAUCGUGGAAAACCUCUUCUACCCCGUCACCCUGGAUGUCCUUCACCAGAUCUUCUCUAAAUUCGGCACCGUGCUGAAGAUCAUCACAUUCACUAAGAACAACCAAUUCCAGGCUCUGAUCCAGUAUGCCGACGGCUUGACUGCUCAGCACUCCAAACUGUCUCUGGAUGGACAGAACAUCUACAACGCCUGCUGUACCCUGAGAAUCAGCUUCUCCAAGCUCACCAGCCUCAAUGUCAAGUACAACAACGACAAGAGCAGGGAUUACACCCGUCCAGACCUCCCCACCGCUGACUCACACGCUUCUCUUGACCACCAGACCAUGGCGGCUGCAUUUGCUGCUCCAGGCUUAAUCUCAGCUUCUCCUUAUGGUGGCCAUGGCUUCCCCCAAGCCUUUGCCAUCCAGCAGGCAUCAGGGCUGUCGAUGCCCGGUAUGCCUGGAGGCCUAGCGUCCCUGGGUGUGGGCCACGGUGGCAUGGCUGCCGCCGCAGCUGCCGCUAGCCGGCUCGGCCUGACGGGGUUCGCCCCAUCUGGGGGACACCAUGUGUUGUUGGUCAGCAAUCUGAACCCUGAGAGCGUUACGCCACACUGCCUCUUUAUUCUUUUCGGUGUGUACGGCGACGUGAUGAGAGUGAAGAUCCUGUUUAAUAAAAAGGAGAACGCUCUGAUCCAGAUGUCUGAUAGCACUCAAGCUCAGCUAGCUAUGAGCCACCUGAACGGUCAGCGUCUCCAUGGCCGGGCCAUGCGUGUGACCUCAUCGAAACACACCACGGUGCAGCUGCCCAGGGAGGGCCACGAGGACCAGGGUCUCACGAAGGACUACAGCAACUCACCGCUGCACCGCUUCAAGAAGCCCGGCUCCAAAAAUUACUCCAACAUCUUCCCGCCCUCGGCAACACUCCACCUCUCCAACAUACCGCCUUCGGUGGUGGAGGACGACCUCCGGAGGCUUUUUGGCAGCUCAGGAGCCACAGUUAAAGCCUUCAAGUUCUUUCAGAAAGACCGCAAGAUGGCCCUGAUCCAGAUGGGCUCCGUCGAGGAGGCGAUCGAGUCUCUCAUUGAGUUCCACAACCAUGAUCUGGGAGAGAACCACCACCUUCGAGUGUCCUUCUCAAAGUCCACCAUCUGAGUGCCGUUCCUCCCUCCCUCCCCAAGUGUACCGCCAUCUUGAAUGCUACUUUAGUCGAGGUUUCCCCCCCCCCCCCGGAAACGGCCCCGGUUGCAAUCUCGAUGGCCGCGGUUCUUUUGUAGACCGUUGCUCCCGUCGCCAUUCUUUAAUCAUUCCUCUCGUCAAUAGGUUUGGGUAUCGCGUUUAAUCCGAUUUGAUUCCGAUUCCUGGUUCCAAUUUGUACCCCGAAAUAUGUUUAAAAAAAAUCAAACCUCAAUUUUUCAAACCGUUAAUUGAGCAAAAGAAAUGCACUGUAUUUUUUUUUUUUUUUUAAAUUGCCACCAAAUCAAAAUGCGUUCUCUCGCCGGUUUUGGUCCGGCCAACAUCAGCAGAUUCUGACCCGCAUCCCCUAAAACCGGCUUCUCUUGUGCCGAGCCGCUGUCCCGCGGAGUUUAUUUACAUUUUCCUGCAUCGCUGCGCUACUAGUCAGCGGCAGGUCGUGCCCCAUAAUGAUGUGAACACUCUUCACAUGCAUCGGGUCGGGAAUCGGCUAAAUGGACGUUCAGGACUAGUUCUCGGUACCCAAACCACACAAUUGAUCUGUUCCAUCGUUUUAGUUUUUGGUCCUCGGGAGGGGGGCAACGCUCUGCAAAGAAACCCGUUUAUAUUGGAGGUGACGUAGAGGCAGCUGAUGAACUGUCACUUUAGACCAAAUCGCUUUAAAAAAACAAAUGUAAAGAGAGAGAAGAGAAGACACCCUCCACCACAGAUGUUCAUGUGGGUGAAUCGUAUCCACACACACUUCAGCAUUCCUUUUUAUUGUGAUAGUCAUCCGGAUAUAUAUCUCUCUGUUUGAAACGCGUUGGCCAGUCAGAAACGGUUCGAUACGUAAAAAGGAUUUAGUUUUGGCCCACAAACCACCAAACGAUUAAUAUCCAUUUUGAUUUUUAUCUUCUUGUAACUACCCGCCUAUUUGCUUCGGGGGAUCCAUACCACUAGAGUCAUUCGAUAAGAAUGCCUUUUCUUUCUUUCUUUCUUCUUUUUUUUUUUUUUUUUUUUAUCUACAGUCUCGUGCCUUCCUUUUGCCCCGACCAGAUUGCCUUAAGCAUCGCUCUGGCUUUAUUUGGAGGAAAAAAAAGAAAAGACGUGGCUCUCGAAAUGCCUUCUUCAUGCCUCGUGGUAUGCACCAGCAUUGUUAACAUUGAGGAGGAGGGGUGAAAGUGGCUCAUUCAGUUUCAUCUUUAAUAAAUAAAUAAAAAAACCUGUUUUUCUAGAUAUUUGUACGCAUAUCCCCAUUAUAUGUAUGUAGAAACUAUGAAUGUACGUCAGUUAGUUGCCUAAUACCGUCGCUAGGUGAUGUAGCUCUGUUAGGUGGUGUUUUGUGGUUGGAGCUGUAGCCGGCCGUCCCAGUCGUACAGUCCCCAUCCGCCUCCACGCCGCCCCUUUUCUCCGGAGUGGGGGGGAGGUUGGUUGCCCGUGGCGUUUUUGGGGGCGUCAUUUAACCAUAUUAUGUUCAUCUAUAUGUGGACGCCUAUAAAUAUAUAUAUUCAUUUAUCUUUUUUUCUUUUCUUUUAAUGUUAGUAUUUACAUGUGUAUCACUGCGACGCUUAUCUGAUACCUAAAUGUAGUGGCUGGGUUUCCAUCGUUAUCACAGUGCCUUGAGGUUUUAA